UGACGAGAUCUGAGGCGCUCAGGUGUAAGAGCCUCUCUCAUCCCCAGCAGUGGGGAAACAGUAGACAGAUAAGUGCGUCUGAGAGACUGCAGGCAUCUCUGUGAUCUCCGGGCUCAAGGCUGCACUCGGCGCACUACACAGCGAACUACAUCGCAUCAUUACUGGAUAGGCAAAGGAUCCCCGUGUGUCUAUGACUAUUUUCCAGCUCUUGUAGCCGUUUCCCCACUUUUUUCCCGUGCACUUUAAUUGGAGAAGCUCGCCAAGAUGAUGUCCAUGAACAGCAAACAGCCGCACUUCGCCAUGCAUCCCUCUUUACCCGAACACAAGUACACCACCCUGCAUUCCAGCUCGGAAGCUAUAAGGAGAGCCUGUCUACAAACUCCACAGCUGCAGAGUAACAUAUUUGCGAGCCUGGAUGAGACCCUGCUGGCCCGGGCUGAGGCUUUGGCGGCCGUGGAUAUCGCCGUGUCCCAGGGCAAGACGCACCCGUUCAAGCCCGACGCGACCUACCACACGAUGAGCACGGUGCCAUGCUCGUCGACGUCCACCGUCCCGCUGGCCCACCACCACCACCACCAUCACCACCACCACCAUCAGAAUCUGGAGCCGCCGGACAUUAUGGACCACAUCAGCUCGCAGUCGCUCUCCCUCAUGUCCAGCGCGCACGACGGGGCAGGCGGAGGAGGAGGCGGCGGCGGCGGUGGAGGUGGCGGCGGAGGGCUCAUCUCCACCUCCUCUGCCCACCCGCACUCUCACAUGCACGGCUUGAGUCACCUUUCCCACCAGGCUAUGAGCAUGAACUCGCCCCUCACCCACCACGGGCUUUUACCGGGCCACCACGGUGGGAGCCAAGGCGGCCCAGGGCUCACAAACUCCGGACUCCCCUCCAUCAAUGACUCGGACACAGACCCAAGGGAGCUGGAGGCUUUCGCGGAGCGCUUCAAGCAGCGAAGGAUCAAGCUGGGGGUGACCCAGGCGGACGUGGGUGGCGCUCUGGCUAAUCUCAAAAUCCCCGGCGUGGGAUCACUGAGCCAAAGUACAAUUUGUCGAUUCGAGUCCUUAACUCUCUCCCACAACAACAUGAUUGCGCUCAAGCCCAUCCUCCAGGCCUGGCUGGAGGAGGCCGAGGGGGCCCAGAGGGAGAAAAUGAGCAAACCUGACAUUUUCAACGGAGGGGAAAAGAAACGCAAGAGGACGUCGAUAGCGGCCCCAGAAAAGAGGUCUUUGGAGGCUUACUUCGCCGUACAGCCUCGACCGUCCUCCGAGAAAAUAGCAGCUAUAGCUGAAAAGUUGGACCUGAAAAAAAAUGUGGUGCGAGUGUGGUUUUGUAACCAAAGACAGAAGCAGAAGAGGUUGAAAUUUUCCGCUGCUCACUGAUGGGCAAAGAAAAACAACAACAACAACAACAGAAAAAAAUAACAUUAAAAAAAAAAUGAAAAUAAAAAUGUGUGACUGAAUUUGAGGACCAAGGGACAACUAAGACACCACUUUCAGUCUUUUGUCUCCAGCGAUUUUACACGUUGGUGCACAGUGGGCUUUAGACCCCCAUUUUACGAGGCUUCAUAUAUCUUGUUUAUUUUCACGUUAUCGGUGAAUGUGAAGUAUGCAAAUAACAGAUUACACAAAUUUCGCUCAGUUGUUACGAGGGAAAAGUUUAGCGACGUCGACAUUGCCUUUUAAAACACGUGGAAAGAGGUAAUUUGCUUGAUACUAUAGCGAGUUAUUUUCUCCUGAUAGGUCUAUUAUUUGAAGUAUAGCCAUUUACGAAUUACCUCAUUGAUUGUUGAACGGUGUUUCUUUUUGUUUAUUUUUUUCUUUUUCUUUUUUGGGUUUGACUUCUGUCGUUGUUUGGUAUAGAAAUAAUCCAUGACUCAUUUAUUCAUCUGUUCUAUUAGUCUUAUUUUGGAGGCUGCUACGAACUCAGAUUCAGUUGCAAACUUUUAUGGCUAACGUGAAAAAAAAUACAAAAACAUUUUUAUUUCAUUUAAUUUAUUAUUUAUUUUUAAAAGGCCUGCAUGAAAUCCGAAAUCACGGUGAGUAAUUUAGCCUGAACAGGCUGCCACAUCUACAGAUAUAUUUAUUUUGAAUUUGCACAAAAAGACCCUUUAUGGACCGGUUGCGUCGAAAUGGUUUUGUAUAUACAGACAUCACUUUAUCACUUAUCAGAGGUGCGUUUUUUGGGGGGGGGAAUAAAUUCUAGGGGUCUAAGGACACCAUUGGCAACACAAGGGAGGAAAAAAAAAGUUUCGAACAGAUCAGAGCACUAAAGCCUUGCCUGACUUUAUCAAGGAGGGAUCACGAGGAUUUGAAAAAAUAAUAAUAUAUAUCGUUCUUUUCAUGUGUUUCAGUUUGCAGUGCAAACACUCUAUGCAUUGGAAAAAGAAUCACUGCGUACAGUAGAGCUGUCUACUGGUAGACCUUAUUUUGUGGAUGGUGUAAGUCACUGUUAAAUGCCUGUUUUCACAUUAAGAUCACCACGUUGUUUGUCGUGUUAAUUGUUACGGAAACGUUGUGUAAGUAAUAUUUUACUUUGUGCACAAGUAUGUUUACAAAACUGCGGCGACAUGUGCAUCAUGGAAAAAAAAUGUCCCACUGUCUCCUUCUCCCUCUGUCCCCCCUUCUCUCUCUCUUUCUCUAUGUCUCUGUCUCCCCCUUCUCUCUCUCUCUCUCUCUCUCUCUCUCUCUCACACACACAACUUCUCCACUCUCCUCUGUUGUCCUCUUACUUUCAUUGGUACUCUUCAUCCUGUAAGCCAAAUUCAACAGGGAGGUGUGUUCCAGCAAUCUUCUAAUAAAUCAAA